GCACAUCAAAACGGCAGCAACGUAAUCAUUAAUUCUUUAUUAUCUUGAUCGAAGAGUUGUCUUUGCUAAAUUACCAACAAAGAGGCGCCCAAAGGCGCGGCGGUGGAGCCUUCGCUUCGGGAUUGUCCUUGGGACAGCAGACACCCACCAGUCCCUCGAGCGAACAAGAUUUGCGCCAACCUGAUACUUGCAGACCAACACGAAAAGAGUCGACGGGCUUCAAAUAGCUACCUUCGAGAUUUCUUAAGCUUCUAUAUUCCACCGAUUCUACCCUAACGCGACAACCGUCACUCGCGCCAAACAUGUUCUUCCUUCACAAUCUCGAGCGGCGUGUCCUGCUGCACCCAUCCUACUUUGGCAAAAACAUGACCGAGCUGGUCACGACGAAACUGGUCAAGGAUGUUGAGGGAACAUGCACCGGCGACUACUACAUCAUCGCAAUCAUGGAUACCUUCGAUCUGUCCGAGGGGCGCAUUCUCCCCGGCAGCGGCAUGGCCGAGUUUACAGUGGGCUACCGCGCGGUCGUGUGGAGGCCGUUCAAGGGCGAAGUUGUCGAUGCCAUCUGUACUAGUGUUAAUCAGCAUGGUUUCUUCUCCAACGCCGGCCCAUUGAGCAUCUUUGUCUCUACUCACUCGAUACCGCCUGAUAUCCAAUAUGACGCAAACGCCACACCUCCUCAGUUUACCAACCACUCCGAUAUAGUAAUCGAGCCUGGGACGCACGUGCGCAUCAAGAUCAUGGGUUUGCGCACGGGGGUGGGGGAGAUGUUUGCCAUUGGAAAGAUUGACGGUGAUUAUCUCGGUCGUGAGAUGGUCUGGUGUAGGAAGUGUACCAAGGCGGUCGGGGACAGGAUGUGUUUGAGGACAGGUACGGCAGCGUUGGCUACUAAAAAAAUGACUCCGAUCGGCACAUGGGCAACACGAAUUGGGUUGACCAGUCAAGCUCCAGUAUCGAGCUUACUAGCACAUAACAUCACAAAGCUAGCGACAACGGAGGGUUGCUUUGGGAGGCAUCAGCGAGAGUUGGGGUUUCCAGUAGUGGUGAGCAAGUAAACACCAAAGCUGCGAAAUCACCAACGCCGAAGUAGUUGGGUAGAGGGAUAUGGGGACCUCAAAAGAAACCGGGGCUACAUGGCGGUUAUUUGCCGUCAAACGAUUGUAUGUAAGGGUGUCAUCUGUUGUAAGUGAACGAUGCAGAAGGAAACAUAACAACAACAAGGUCCAGCUCAGCAGCUGAAAGCUUGAGGUCACAACCGAACACAAUCUCGAUAAUGCACACUUCUCAACAAAUAACUUGC